AGGAGGCGGAGGGAGAAGAUGGCGGCGCUCAUCCCUCUCGGCGGCGCUGGCGGGGGCGGCCCGCAGCUUUCCACUGGGAGCCCUUCGUAUGAGACCUAUUACAAGCAGGUGGAUCCAGCGUGCAUUGGGAGGAUCGGGGCCAGUGAUGCUGCGUUGUUCCUUAAAAAAUCCGGUCUUGCAGAUGCCAUUCUUGGAAAAAUAUGGGAUUUGGCAGAUCCUGAGGGGAAAGGAUUCCUGGACAAACAGGGUUUCUUCAUUGCACUGCGGCUGGUGGCCUGCGCCCAGAGUGGCCACGAGGUCAGCCUGAGCAACCUCAACCUGGCUUUGCCACCUCCAAAAUUUCACGACAGUCCCAGCCCCUUGCAGACCUCUUCCUCCUCCUCCUCCUCCUCUGUCUCCUCGGAUGCUCACUGGGCUGUCCGGGUGGAAGAGAAAGCCAAGUUUGAUGGCAUUUUCGAAAGCCUUUUGCCGGUAAACGGUUUACUUUCGGGAGACAAGGUGAAGCCAGUGUUGAUGAACUCUAAACUACCUCUUGAUAUCCUUGGGAGGGUCUGGGAUCUCAGUGAUAUCGACAAAGACGGUCAUCUUGACAAAGAUGAAUUUGCUGUGGCCAUGCACCUGGUGUAUCGCGCUCUCGAGAAGGAGCCCGUCCCCUCUGCGCUGCCCCCGCCUCUCGUCCCGCCUUCCAAGCGGAAGAAGACGCCUGCCUUCCCGGGAGCAGUCCCUGUUCUUCCUGCUAGCCCUCCCCCCAGAGACAGCCUGCGCUCUACCCCCUCCCACGGCAGCGUCAACAGCUUGAACAGCACGGGGAGCCUCUCGCCCAAGCACAACCUCAAGCAGGCACAGGCCCCUGCGACCUGGGUGGUGCCCGUGACCGACAAGGCCCGCUACGACGAGAUCUUCUUGAAAACGGACUUGGACCUGGACGGGUUUGCGAGUGGCCUGGAAGUGAAGGACAUCUUCAUGCACUCUGGCUUGUCCCAGAAGCUCUUAGCACACAUCUGGGCCUUGGCGGACACCAGGCAGCUGGGGAAGCUGAAUAAGGAGCAGUUUGCGCUGGCCAUGUUCCUCAUCCAGCAGAAGGUCAGCAAAGGCAUCGAUCCACCCCAGGUGCUGCUCCCGGAGAUGGUUCCUCCUUCCGAAAGGACCACGCCCGUGCAGGACAGCUCAAGUUCCAUCGGAUCUGGGGAACUGACUGGCGUGAAAGAGCUGGACGAGAUCAGCCAGGAGAUUGCGCAGCUCCAGAGAGAGAAAUACUCUCUAGAGCAGGACAUCCGAGAGAGGGAGGAAGCAAUCCGGCAGAAGGCCAAUGAAGUGCAGGAUCUGCAGAACGACUUAGACCGAGAAGCCAGCAGCUUGCAGGAGCUGGAAGCUCAGAAGCAGGAUGCGCAGGACCGCCUGGAGGAGAUGGAGCAGCAGAAGACCAAGCUGAAGGACAUGCUGAGCGACGUCAGGCAGAAGUGCCAGGAGGAGACGCAGGUGAUUUCAUCGUUAAAAAUGCAGAUUCAGUCCCAGGAGUCAGAUCUAAAAUCCCAGGAAGACGACAUCAGUAGAGCAAAAGUGGAACUGAACCGGCUUCAGCAAGAAGAGACGCAGCUAGAGCAGAGCAUCCAGGCUGGGAAAGUGCAGCUGGAGACCAUCAUAAAGUCUCUGAAAUCGACUCAGGAAGAAAUCAGUCAGGCCAGAAGCAAGCUUUCCCGGCUGCAAGAGAGCCGUCAGGAAGCCAGCAGGAGCAUCGACCAAUAUACUGAGGCCCUGAAUGGUAUCCACAGCGGCAGCAUGACCAACCUGGCCGACCUGAACGAGGGGAACCCCCAGAAGGACAAGGGCGGCUUUGGAAGCCUGGACGACCCGUUCAAGAGCAGGGCCCUGCUGUUCAGCAGCAACGCCCAGGAGCUGCAGCCAGCAGACCCCUUCCAGGCUGAAGACCCCUUCCGGUCGGACCCCUUCAAAGGAGCAGACCCCUUCAGAGGCAGUGAUCCAUUCCAGAAUGACCCUUUUGCAGAGCAGCCGCCUGCAGCAGCCGAUCCGUUUGGAGGAGAUCCAUUUAAAGAAAGCGACCCAUUCCAGACUUCUGUGCCAGAGGAUUUCUUUAAGAAGCCUGAGAAAAGUGAUCCGUUUGUCUCUGACCCAUUCUCAAAAAACCCCUCGAGUAAAACUCACGGCUUCGAGCACUCCGACCCAUUCAUGACAUCCGGCCUCCCUUUGAAAGGCCCAGAUCUUUUUGGGACCUUGGAUCCCUUUGGCAGUGGUGCUUUCAAUAGCAACGAAGGAUUUGCAGAUUUUAGCAGAAUGUCAAAGCCUCCAGCUCCAGAUCUGUUCAACUCCUCUGCCGGAGGGGGCGGCUUUUCAGACGACCCCUUUAAGAGUAAGCCAGACACACCUGCUCUGCCACCAAAGAAGAACAUGCCCCCCAGGCCCAAGUUGCCGAGCGGUAAAAGUACUCCUGUAAGUCAACUUGGGUCUUCCGAGUUUGUCAAGCCCCCCGAUCCAUUCCAGCCGUUUGGCUUUGACAGCAGUGACCCGUUUCAGAGUAAAAAGGGGUUUGGGGACCUAUUUAGUGGAAAGGACCCGUUUGCUCCUUCCUCUUCAAGUAAACCUUCUAAAGACUCUUCCCUUGGGUUUGCUGACUUCAGCUCUGUAAGUUAA